UCCGAUUUAAGCGAUGGAGCGGGUAAACGGCCACCUCUCUAGAUUCUUCAAACAACGGUAAAUACAAAUAAGUGAAAGGAAAAUAUUCAAAAGAGCAAGUCUUGGUCUUCGGUGGUGGUACGUCACCGACUACUUAGCUUCUUUCAUGGUUCUUUUUCACUAGGUCGUCGAGUUGAAGGCAUCAGGGAUUUGUAAUAAUGAAAAUGUGGUUUCUUUCUUCGCUGGUGAUCUUUCUGAGCGUUAAUGUGGUUUUGAAUGGAGCAACAGGACCUACACACGGAAAAGUUGUUGUUUGCUACCUGGGAAGCUGGGCUGUGUACAGGCCAGAUAGGGGUUCUUUUGCUAUAGAACACGUAGAUCCAACACUCUGUACACAUUUGAUAUACUCUUUUGCCGGUCUGAACGUCAAAGAAGAUUCCAUGAGAGCUCUAGAUCCAUGGCAAGACUUGACGGAGGAUUAUGGAAAAGGUGGCUAUCAGAGAAUUACAGCAUUGAAAAAUAAAUACCCGCAUCUCAAAGUAUCCCUAGCUAUUGGGGGUUGGAACGAGGGAUCUUCAAAUUAUUCCAUGCUGGCAGCAGAUCCCAAAAGGAGGAGUCGUUUUGUGGCAAAUUCACUUGAUUUCAUCAGGAAAUAUAAAUUCGACGGACUCGAUUUGGAUUGGGAGUUUCCUGGAAAGAGAGGAGGAACCACUGAAGAUAAAGUGAACUUCAUGUUGCUAGUGAAGGAACUGAAAGCGGCUUUCAGGAAGCACAAUUUGCUGCUCACGGCGGCCUUCGGCGCUGGAAAAGACACCAUCGAUGUGGCGUACGACGUGGAAGGCCUAUCGAUAUUUCUGGACUUCAUUCACAUGAUGUGCUACGACUAUCAUGGCGCUUGGGACAGGAAAACAGGUGCUAACGCACCUUUGAGAAGCACCGAUAUACUCAGCGUGGAGUAUACGAUAAAUUACAUGAUAAAACUUGGCGCUCCGCCGAGCAAACUGGUUCUGGGACUGCCUCUGUAUGGUAGAACUUUCAAACUACAAGAAGCCCUACCGCAUUCGCCUAAAAGGAAACCAAGACUCGGAGCUCUAGCGGAGAAUGUCGGUUUUCAAGGCCCCUUCACGAGAGAAAGCGGUUUCAUGGGUUAUAACGAGAUCUGCCUGGAACUGAAAAACAAGUCUUCCAACUGGUCGAAGUUCUGGGACAACGAAUCACGAACUCCGUUCGCGGUUUCCGGUAAAAACGUCAUAGCCUACGAUGACGAGCAGUCGAUAGCCGAAAAGGUACAGUUUGCAAUGGAAAAGGGCCUGGCGGGGGCCAUGGUGUGGUCCAUCGACACCGACGAUUUCUUGGGGGACUGCUCUGCCGGCGAAGAUUUCGUCAAUUUUCCAUUAAUGAGGUAUAUUGACAAAGCUAUUUGGCAGUCGCUCAGAGAUUUGGAGAAUGCUGUUUUACAUGGGAGAAACGCGGGGGAUGAUGGAAACUCUGGUACGGGGGUGGUGAAAAGUGCUCGCGGGGUUUUGUACAUUGUUGUUUCGGUUUUGGUUUUUCGUUUUUUCAAGUAGGGGUUGCAAGGUUUUCUGCUACUCAAAUUCUGGGGCAAUGAACGAAAUUGUACUGUUUAGACUGUGAUAAAUGUUGAUAAGUUUUGCUGCAGAAAUUGUGUCUUCAUUUAAUAAACGUUUUUUUUAUUAUUA